AUGUCAUCUACAGAAACCUUUUUGACUACCACUAAAAUCGACCAGUUGUCUAUCACGGUAAACUACCGGCAGAAUAGGAAGUUGGCGGAACAGAUGUUAAGCGCCGUGCGAAGGGCAUCGCAAGAUGUAGAAAAGCCAAAAACAGCGAUUGUAAUGUUGAAUAUGGGCGGACCACAGACUGUAGACCAGGUGCCAGAGUAUCUUCUGCGUAUAAUGACAGACCGAGACAUGAUCCAACUGCCGGUGCAGAGCAGACUGGGACCCUGGAUAGCGCGGCGCCGGUCUGACGAGGUGAAGAAGAAGUACCAGGAAAUUGGUGGUGGAUCGCCAAUAUACAAAUGGACAGAUCUACAAGGCAAGCUACUGACCCAGACUCUAGAUAAGAUGCUGCCACAGUCGGCGCCUCACAAGCAUUACAUCGCCUUCAGAUACGUCCCACCAUUUACUGAUGAAGCACUUAGACAGUUGGAGAGCGACGGCGUUGAGCGAGCGAUUAUUUUCUCACAAUACCCGCAAUACAGCUGCGCCACAACUGGUUCAAGCCUCAACUCGAUUGCAGACUUCUACAAGGACAGAGAACUGCCAAACAUAAAGUUCAGUCUGAUUGAACGGUGGGGUUCCAACGAGCUGCUGGCCGAGGUAUUCGCAGAGCGGGUCCGGGAGAAGCUGUCGUUAUUCGACGAGAGCGUGAGAGACCAGGUGCUCAUCAUGUUCACCGCACACAGUCUACCGCUCAAGGCGGUGUCCAGAGGUGACACAUACCCUCACGAGGUUGCCGCUUCGGUGUCUGCCACCAUGAGCAAGCUGCAGGUGCCCAAUCCCCACAGACUGGUCUGGCAGAGCAAAGUGGGACCACUGCCUUGGCUUCAGCCAUACACAGAUGACGCUAUCAAGGCUUAUGCGAAGAAAGGCUGCAAGCAUAUGAUACUGGUCCCGAUCGCGUUUGUCAACGAGCACAUAGAGACAUUGCAUGAACUGGACAUCGAGUAUUGUGACGAGGUCGCUAAAGAGGCGGGCGUGACUCAAAUUGAAAGGGCCGCAGCCCCGAAUGACCACCCGACCUUCAUAGCAGCCCUGGCCGAUGUGGUGCAGAGGCACCUGAGUGUUGGACCAGCUGUAUCAAGGCAGUUCCUCUCCAGAUGUCCGCACUGUGUCAGCCCAAGAUGUCAGUCCUCGAAGGAGUUCUACAAGACGCUUUGCGGCAUUACAGAGAAGGCUGCAGAUAAGACAAUUGCAUAACUAUAACAAAAAAAAAUGAAUUCUAGUGCAACGCAGACGUCUAAUUUGCUAUACAGGGUGAUAUUUUAAUAGCCAAAGUAAUUAUUUAUUUCUUUGAAUAGCAGGGUGUAUGUGCGACCACGCGUUAGAAGUGAAAAACUUCAAGGGUAGAUUAAUAAUGCGAAAUGUAUUGUUUUUUUCUAUAGUCAUAAAAUUGUUAUUGGUAGGGCGUAUCAAUUACUAUCAACUGGACUUUCUGCUCGUCUCGUCCCUUAUUUUCAACAAAAAAAAAAGUAAUGACGUUUACAAUCUUUUUAAUUGUGUUUAAAUAACUUAUUGUGCUCCUUAAUAAGAGCAGACUGUACCACAUAUUCACAUAAAAAAAUAUAUUAAAAAAACUGCAUUUAUACAUUUUUUAACUUUUAAUAUAUUUUUUAAAACGCUUAUCACAAUAUGUAAUAAACAAAAAUGGUCAAUAAUUAGAAUUAAAACAAAUCUCACCCUGUAUAAGCCGUACCAAUAAUUUGCAAUACUCUCUUUCAUUAAAUGUAUCGAUACAGUGCUUGAUUCGAUUUAUUUAAAAUAAAUACUUUUUAAAGGAUUAAAAUACGGGUAAUUGGUGUUUGAUCAACUUCCAAAGCGGCGCGGGCAGACGAUAAUAUGAUCUAUAUCCUAUAAAAGCAAGUCACACUCACAGUAUUUAAGGGAUUGCUAAUGUUAUACCUAUGUAAUUGAAAACUAGGCUGUAUGGUGUACUGGCCUUUGCCUUUUUCGUCCAAAAAAAACGAACUAACAAACAAAUUUGUAAUUUUUCGUAAUGGCAACACCACUUAAUUUUUUAUCUAUAUAUUUUUGGUCUGUGGAUCUGCAUUCCGUGCCAUUUUAAAUCAAGAAAAAAAACGGGCAAGUUGUUGGUGGUAGGAAAAUCUAAAGCAUUUGUUUGUAAGUAAUUAUUUUGCAUUGUCGCUUAGCCAAGUGUAUAUAACUUACAUGUUGUAAUAAUUAAAAAUAGGUAAAGAUUUUAGAUUUUACUGUAAUAAUUGUCUCAAUUAUAUGUAUGGUGUAUUGGUUGAAUAAAUAAGAAUGGUGUA